AUGGUUUGCCAUCAUGCAUCAGUUUCCAAUGCGACGGAGAUUGGACAGGAAUCACCACCUUUUCCAAACCACUAUAUCCACAUCGCACCUCAAAGUCCUGUCCCCGCUUCUGAAUUAGCUACCGUCGCAUAUGAAGGUUAUAAGUUUUUCAAGGCAGACCCCAUUCCAGGCCAAGAGCCAUCAUGGACAAAGGUUGAGCGUACCAAGAUACAUCUGACGCAGAUGGAAUUCUGUAAAAAGGUUCAGAAGCGCGCGAACAAAAUCUCAGCCGCUCAGCAGUAUCAAUUCCUUUCUGAAAUUCGUCAGGUGCAUGUAAAUCAGUUGAUUGCCGAAAACAGACCCCUUGAUCUACAGGUUGAAUGGAGUUGUGUUUAUGCUAAAGAGCGCAAAAGGGCUUGCAAGGCUCGCAAUGCUCAUCCUGAGGACUAUGAAGUCGUCUCCAUGAGUAUCAUUCUGAUGAAGCGGCCUGUGGCGACGAAGACACAUUUUAGAACCCCAAUGGGAGAUCUAGUGGACUUGGGUGUCCACUUCGGACCCCGUCCUGAGAAGGCCAAGCUUUCUAGUGGAUUUGAGGCUCACCCAGGCAGUGAUCACGACUUGAAAACUCGCAGCGGUUUUAAUGACUGUUUUAUGCAGCCUUUCUCCGGUCCUCAACGAAGUCAAACUUUCUCGGGGGAUGAACUGGUUGGACAAGACCGGGUGGUGCAUGAACCAUCAUCCCGUCCUGCAACCGCUCCUUCCAGCCGGCGAAGACUGGACCUAGAUCAUGGCCGCAAUUGGGCUAAUAUCGACGAUGAGGACGAAAGUUAUGCCGAAGGAUAUAAUGAACAAACGGCUCAAUACGAUGAUGCAGAGGCAGAUAUUUCGGAAAAUGAGUUUGAAGAGGAAACAAACUCACUGCAUCGAAGCCUAUCUAAUGAGACUUCCACCUACGGAAGUCCGGGUAGCACUGUGAACUGCACCUGUCAGGAGCCUUUGCUCCCACAGAAAGCGUCUCUCCGCGACAGGAGACAAAGUCCCCGCCAAUCACAAUUCACUUUCAAAUCCAAUCAUGCGCUGCUACAAGUGUCAACAAGUGAUAAAUUGAGGAGUGGCCAAAUGAAUGAGCCAUACACUCGCUCCAUACAGACCGUACCCGCGAAGCGGCCACGAACAGAUGCGCUAGAAGCUAAUAUCUGGGAAAAGAAAAUUCGCAUUGAGCAAAUGAGCGAGGAGGAAGUUCGCAGUCGACUUUUGGAAUGUGAAGCCCGUAUUGAACAAUGGGGGAAAACAAUUCAAAGUCAGACGCGGAUACUGGGCCUACAGAUGAGGAUCCAAGGCCUUCCUGCAUCAAUGUGA